AUGGAAGUCUCACCCAAAAACACCCAUGUGCAGAUAACACCGCCUGGUGACAUUCGAGAAGGCUCCUAUGUGAACCUCAGCUGUGUUAGCCGUGCCCAUCCCCCUACCAGCAGGCAUGCUUGGUAUCGCAUCCUAGGAGACCAGGUGCUAGCAAAAGGAAGCGUCCAGAACUUGACGUUCCCUUCAGUGCGUGCUCACCAUGCCGGUCAGUACUACUGCAUGGCCUGGAACCGAUUAGGACACCAAACCUCUCAUAGCGCCGCUCUCACUGUGCUGUACCCUCCGAAGAACACUUCAGUGCUGGCUCGUCCUUCCAGCGUGGUGGAUGCUGGCCGGCCUUUGACUCUGACCUGCAGCAGUCAGGCCAACCCAGCCGUGGACAACUUCACUUGGCAUCGUUUAACACACAACGGCGCAUCAGUACAAUGUUAG